CCGGUGCGGAAGAGGGUGGCGGCUCUUUGGAGGCCGCUUCCGCCCGGGCCCAAGAUGGCGGCGCCCUUUGUCUCUUCCGCGUCAGCCUGAGCGUCGGGAUGAUGUGAGGACGCCGGUCGGGAUUAUGUGAGGCGCCGGGAUGGCCGCCAUGGACUUCCCUCUGCACAGCCAGCAAGUGCUGGAGCAGCUGAACCAGCAGCGGGAGCAAGGCCUGCUGUGCGACUGCGCGGUGGUGGUGGACGGCAUCGACUUCAAGGCCCACAAGGCCGUCCUGGCCGCCUGCAGCGCCUACCUGCGCUCCCUCUUCGCCUCCCAGAGGGACGUGGUGCGCCUCGACAUCCGCAACGCCGCAGGGCUGGAGCGGGUGCUGGAGUUCAUGUACACGGCGAAGCUGAGCCUGAGCCCGGAGAACGUGGAGGACGUCCUGGCGGUGGCCGGCCUCCUCCAGAUGCAGGAGGUCAUCAGCGCCUGCCACUCGCUCAGGGCCCUGGCCGUGGAUGCCGGGACCCCCUCCCCUGGCCCCCAGGACCCAGACCCAGACCCAGCAGGGCAAGAGAAGGGACCCGGUGGUCCCGUGGAGGAAGCAGCCGAAGCUGCUGUCAAGGAAGGAGAGGCCACCCCAAGCACCACUCAAGAGGCCGAGGCCACGGAGGAGGAGGAGGAAACCCAUGCACUCUGCAAGGAGACAGGUGCAGAGAAGGCGGACGAGGAAGGAGAUGACAGCGGGGCCCGGGAGCCACAGCCCUUGCGGGCGAGCCCCACCGCGGAAGGCCGGCCCUCGAAGGCCCCCCAGGCGGGAGCGACUGCCUUGAAGCUCCCGGCGGAGAUGGAGGUGGAGCUGGAGGGUCAGGAGGAGGAGGACGAGGAGGAGGAAGGUGACCUUCCCCCGGAGGUCAAGCAGGACAGGAUGGAGGAUGAGGAGGAGGCCGAGGGCAGCGACUCCGGCCAGGAGAGCGCGGGAGAGGCCCGCCUCCUGCGCUCGGGGACCUACAGUGACCGGACCGAGUCCAAGACCUACGGGUCCGUCACUCACAAGUGCGAGGACUGCGGGAAGGAGUUCACCCACACCGGGAACUUCAAGCGCCACAUCCGCAUCCACACCGGAGAGAAGCCCUUCUCCUGCCAGGAGUGCAGCAAGGCCUUCUCCGACCCGGCCGCCUGCAAGGCCCAUGAGAAGACACACAGCCCGCUGAAGCCCUACAGCUGCGAGGAGUGUGGGAAGAGCUACCGCCUGGUGAGCCUGCUGAACCUGCACAAGAAGCGUCACACGGGGGAGGCCAAGUACCGCUGCGAGGACUGCGGGAAGCUCUUCACCACCUCGGGGAACCUCAAGCGGCACCAGCUGGUCCACAGCGGGGAGAAGCCCUACCGCUGCGACUUCUGCGGACGCUCCUUCUCGGACCCCACCUCCAAGAUGCGCCACCUCGAGACCCACGACGCCGGCAAGGAGCACAAGUGCCCCCACUGCGAGAAGAAGUUCAACCAGGUGGGGAACCUCAAGGCUCACCUGAAGGUGCACAUCGCCGACGGGCCACUCAAGUGCCGCCAGUGCGGGAAGCAGUUCACCACCUCCGGCAACCUCAAGCGGCACCUGCGCAUCCACAGUGGGGAGAAGCCCUACAUCUGUGUCCACUGCCAGCGCCAGUUCGCCGACCCCGGAGCGCUGCAGCGCCACGUCCGCAUCCACACAGGGGAGAAGCCCUGCCAGUGCCUCAUCUGCGGCAAGGCCUUCACCCAGGCCAGCUCCCUCAUUGCGCACGUGAGGCAGCACACCGGGGAGAAGCCCUACGUCUGCGAGCGCUGCGGCAAAAGGUUCGUCCAGUCCAGCCAGCUGGCCAACCACAUCCGGCACCACGACAACAUCCGGCCCCACAAGUGCAACAUCUGCAACAAGGCCUUUGUGAACGUGGGCGACCUCUCCAAGCACAUCAUCAUCCACACAGGCGAGAAGCCCUUCCUGUGCGACAAGUGUGGCCGUGGCUUCAACCGGGUGGACAACCUGCGCUCCCACGUCAAGACGGUGCACCAGGGCAAGGCCGGGAUGAAGCUGCUCGAGGCCGGCGGCGGGGAGACGGCCGAGCUCAACAUCGUGACCGUGGCCUCCGACGAGAUGGUGGCCCUGGCCACCGAGGCCCUGGCCGCCACCGCCGUCACGCAGCUCACAGUGGUCCCAGUGGCGACGCCGGUCACGGCGGACGAGACGGAGGCCCUGAAGGCAGAGAUCACCAAGGCCGUGAAGCAAGUGCAGGAAGCCGACCCCAACACGCAGAUCCUCUACGCCUGUGACUCCUGCGGGGAGAAGUUCCUGGACGCCAGCAGCUUGGCGCAGCACGUGCGCAUCCACACAGCCCAGGCCCUGGUCAUGUUCCAGGCCGACACGGACUUCUACCAGCAGUACAGCUCUGCCGCCAGCGCCGCCGCCUGGCAAGGAGGAGCCGGGGAGGCGCAGGUGCUGCCGGCCACGGAGCUGCUCUUCCGGGUGCGGGACGGCGGGGAGGCGGCCGGGGUGGAGGCUCCGCAGGUGGCGGAGUGAGCGUGGGUGGCCUCCCUCUGAGCCCCCCGCCCGGCUGCGACGCUUUGAAACAAGUAUUUAUGGGAGAGAGGCCAACAUCUGUGUUAACGUUUAGAUGAAAUAAAGCCGUUAUUUUCUAA